CCGUAUUCUUCUUUUGACGAGCUCUCCGGCGGGUCCAUUAUGUCCAUUUGAGCGCGAGUGGCGGCAUUCGGACGCCACUGGCGACGUCCUCGGUCGCCUGCGUCGCGCUCCACACAGCAUCACGCCAAUAUGAAUACCUCCGAUCGAGAUGUGCUCAUGCGCAACUGUACGCCGCCGGCUAUCGAUGAUUUCCCGUCGGGACUGUUCACGGAUGUACAGCGGCAGCACGGAGCCAUCGUGCUACACGCGUUCAUCUCACUGUACCUCUUCAUCGCGCUUGCUGUUGUUUGCGAUAAAUUUUUUGUUCCUGCCGUCGAUCGAAUAUGUCAUGCACUAAACAUGACGAAUGAUGUAGCGGGCGCUACAUUUAUGGCUGCAGCGACGUCUGCGCCGGAAUUGUUCGUAAAUGUGAUCGGCACAUUCAUCACAGAGGGCGACAUCGGUGUCGGGACCAUUGUUGGCUCUGCCGUUUUUAAUAUCCUUGCUGUUGCCGCUUGCUGCGGUAUUGGAGCUGGAAUGGUAGUGCCACUAGACUGGUGGCCGUUGACCCGAGAUUGUCUCGCCUACGGCAUCACAGUGUCCAUUCUGAUCUGCAUCAUGCACGACGAGUACGUGCAGUGGUACGAGGCCUUCCUACUUGUACUCCUUUACGGAGUCUAUAUUUGCAUCAUGUACUAUGAUAAAGCCAUCCAGAGUUUUGCAAAAGGAAGAUGGAAAUGUAUUAGAAGUCUGUGCGGAAAAAAUAUUGAAAAACAGGAUAGUAUGGAUAACGAACCUAAAGACGCUACCAAAAGUGAUCAACCGGUGGAUCAUCAUCAGCAUAAUGGUAAUAUAAAAUUAGCUGUGUCCCCGCAUCCCGAUGGCCCAGAAAAGACCACCGGUCUGGAGGUUUCUCAGAACGAUAAGUUGCAAUUGCAAACCAGUGAAUGUGGAAAGAGCAAAAUUAUACAAGUGGACAAUGAGUCCAAAAAUAUUGAUAUGGAAAUAGCUUGCCCAGAUGAGAACCAAGCUAACCAAGAUGAUAACAAUAAAGAAUCUACAGACGAAUAUGAACACUCUCUUUGGAAAUGGCCUUCUGGUAGAAGUUGGCUUUCAAAAACAACUUGGAUUGUUACAUGGCCAAUUCAUCUUAUAUUCCUCUUUACUAUACCCGACUGCGAGAAACCACGAUUUAAGAAAUGGUUCCCUUUGACUUUUAUUAUGUGUAUUGUUUGGAUUGGUUCCCUUUCUUACAUGGUAGCUUGGAUGAUUACUGUCAUCGGUGACACACUAAUGAUACCGGAUUCUGUAAUGGGAAUAACUUUCCUUGCUGCUGGCACGUCAGUACCUGAGGCAGUAUCAAGUGUGAUUGUUGCUAAACAAGGCCAUGGAUCAAUGGGAAUCAGCAAUUCGAUUGGGUCGAAUACAUUCGACAUUUUACUUUGCCUCGGCCUACCGUGGCUCAUAAAAGCUUCUUUGACGCCUGCCGAACCUGGACAUUACUGGGUGAAAAUAAACUCAAUGGGUCUGGAAUAUUCGGCGAUAUCGUUAUUGUCGACGCUUCUAAUGCUGUAUUUGACGUUUUGGUUUAACAAGUUCAAGUUAGAUGCGGCGGUGGGGCGCGCCUGUCUCGCCAUGUACGCUGUUUUCCUGGUUCUUGCCACACUCAUAGAGCUUAAUGUAUUCUUCCCUGUCAACGUGCGUACAUGCAAAAGAACGGUACCAAAAUCCUAGACUGGUCUCUGGACCUUACAUGACGUUAAGUGUGAGAAUUCCGAAAAUGGUGCCUCUUGUAAACUGGUUCAUCAUAUGGGUUGAAAUUAAUAAUUUUGUGCCACAUGCGUUCUCCGUUAAAUCAGCUAGCGUCGAUUUAAGCUUUGAUAAGUAUAGAUAAAAAACAUUACCCUACCUCGACAGAUGUACUGGUACUUGCAACUCCAAAACUGGUAAUUGCAACGUCUCUGCUCUGUUUUGUACAUUUUUAACUUCUUGUAUUGCUAAGUUUAAUCCUAACAAGUGAAUCUCCGAUAGAAUCUCACUUGUAUAAAUCCCUCUAAUGCAAGGGUACCCCCUCUUUUACAAGUAGUUAGCUCUGCAUUUCAACGAUUACUGUGAAGAAUGUCAGGUGACGAGUUUAUUGUAAAUACAUAAUGUGCUACGUAAUGUAACAGAGUU